AUGCGGCGGUGCGGCGACGGGUGCGACGGCGCGGUGGACGCGAUGCUGCAGUGCCAGAAGGUGAGCGACUUCCUCAUCGCCGCCUCCUACCUCUCCAUCCCGCUCGAGCUGCUCUACUUCGCCUCCUGCGCCGACCUCGCGCCGAUCAAGUGGCUGCUGCUCCAGCUGGCCGCCUUCGCCGUGCUCGGCGGCUCCGUCCACCUGCUCGCCGUGCUCUCCCACCACCACCCGCACUCCUCCGGCCUCCUCCUCGCCUCCACCGCCGCCAAGCUCCUCGCCGCGCUCGUCUCCCUGGCCACCGCGCUCUCCCUCCUCACCUUCAUCCCGCGCCUCAUCCGCGCCAAGCUCCGCGAGGCCCUCCUCCGGGCCAAGGCGCGCCAGCUCGACCGCGACCUCGGACUCAUGCGCCGCCGGGUCGAGGCCACCUCCCGCGUCGUCCGCAUGCUCACGCGCAACAUCCGCGCCUCCCCGCUCGACCCGCACGCCAUCCUCCACACCACCUUGCUCCACAUCGCCGACGCGCUCGCGCUUCACGUCUGCGCCGUCUGGGUGCCUGCACCCGGGCCCGACGGCGACGACCAAGUCCUGCAGCUGGUGCACCAGGUGAGCCUGCAGAGAGACAAGGGCGCAGUGCAGCUGGUCUCGCAGGCCCCUAUCCCCGCCGAUCACCCCGACGUGGCCCACGUGAUGUCCAGCGAGGCCGCCAAGGUGCUCGGGCCGGGCUCGGCGCUCGCGAAGGCUAGCCCCCGGGGAUCCGUGGCCGCCAUACGGAUGCCCAUGCUCAAGGUCUCCAACUUCGACGGCGGGAGAACUCCCGAGGCACGCUCCUACGCCAUCCUGGUGCUGGUCCUGCCUGACACCGCUGGUUCGCGAGGAUGGAGUGGCCAGGACCUGGAGAUCGUGGAGGUCGUCGCGGACCAGGUCGCCGUCGCGCUCUCCCACGCGGCGGUGCUCGAGGAGUGGCAGUCACUCCGCAGCAGGCUCGCCGAGCAGCACGGCGACCUGCUGUACGCGAAGCACGAGGCGGCGACGGCGACGGAGGCCAUCCACUCCGCCCAGAGCGCCAUGUGCGGCGCCAUGCAGAGGCAGAUGCACUCCGUCGCCGGGCUGCUCUCCAUGCUGCGGCACGACGCCUCCGAGCGCGGGAUGCGGCCCGAGCAGAGGCUCGUCGUCGACGCCAUCGCCCGGACGAGCGCGCUCUCGCUGGCGCUGGCGAACGACGCGGACGCGGAGACGCUGACGAUGAGCCGCGUGCCGUUCGGCCUCCACGCGCUGGUCAGGGAGAGUAUGGCCGUCGCGCGAUGCCUGUCCGGGUGCAGCGGCGUCGUGUUCUCUCACCAGUCGGAGAAUGCCCUGCCCGAGUGGGUCGUCGGCGACGAGACGAGGGUGUUCCACCUCCUGCUGCACAUGGUGGCUACUCUGCUGAGCCGCCGGCCGUGCGAUGGCGCCGCGCCGGGAUGCCUCUCGUUCUCCGUCAAGAGGCGCAGUGCUAGUGACGAGGAGAGGUACGGCCGGGACUGGACGCCGAUGCGAUCAUCUACAGGUUGCACCGUACGUGUUGAGUUUCAGGUUCGGAUGGAAACACCAACGGUCAGACCCGCCAGCUCCGAGAUGGGGUUUAGCUUCGGCAUGUGCAACAAGAUCGUGCAGAUGAUGAACGGCAGCAUGCGGUCGUCGGGAUCAGACGGAGCACGCAUCACCGUCGUCCUGCAGUUCCAUCUCCCACAGCCGGGCGUGCACCGGCGGACGUCGGCGCCGUCCAUCCCUCGCUUCGACGGGCUGAGGAUCCUGCUCGCGGACGGCGACGGCGUGAGCCGGGCGGUGACCCGAAUGCUCCUCGAGAAGCUCGGGUGCCAGGUGAUGCCCGUGCCGUCGGGAUCGCACUGCCUGAGCCUGCUGGAGAGCGCCGGCUCGUGUUUCCAGCUGGUGCUCCUCGACCUCGACACGGGCGCCACCGCGGCGGAGGACGUGUUCGAGGUGGCGCUCAGGAUCAGGGAGCUCAGGAGCAGCUGCUGGCUGCUCGUCGUCGCCGCUCUGGCGUUCGGAGGCGGGGACGACGGAGGCGGCGUUCGCGAGACGUGCCAGCGGGCGGGGAUAAACGGCGUGGUGCAGAAACCUAUCACCCUGACGGCGCUCGGAGCUCAGCUCGCUGGAGUACUUCAGAACAACUGA